AUGAGUCAAGCUAAAGAAGAUGAACCAACAGAUAACAAGGAGAAGAAUGAGUUAUUUCCCUUUGGCUGCAGGCAAAGUGCAAUCACGGGGAGUCAAGCAAAAGAUGAUGAGCCAACAGGUAGCACUGGCAGCAAGAAGAAUGAGUUAUUUUCCUUCACUUGCAACGUGUCAGAACUGGUCCUGGCCCUUGCAAACCUUAAACAGGGGCAGGAGAAGCAUUCCAAUGGGAUGGCCUUUAUGGAAUCUCAUGCAUCCCUUUUUCAUGCUAUUCAUUCAAUCAUAAAAUCGUGUAGGACAACUGCCAAAUUUGAUAAAGACAUAGUCUUGGAGGUCAAGGAACCCGAUCAUCCUUGCUUCGGUGUGCCGCAGGAGGAGGAUGUUGUAAAGGAAGAUCUUGAUUCAGCGAAAGACACACAAGAAGACAAAGACACCUGUGCACCUGUAUAUUCCAAAUAUCCACGUUUGUCAAAAAGCAAAAGUGCUGUUUUAAGAAGGCAACAGAAACAUGAUCUUGGACAAUUGCCACCAGCAUACUUGCUUCCUUAUCUGGUUCUAAUUAAGAACUGUAUUCCCUUGCCAAUUUCCAUUAUCCAAAGACAAUGUCUCACAGGAGAGAUAUUGUGCAGGAUACAGUAUUUUACACUGAGGCGCAGCAAGAAGAAACUGCCAUCUGAGCUUGUUCCAGCAAAACCACCCAUUCCUAAAUUACAGACAACAAAAGAAGUAAAGUAUGUGACAUUCGACAGCCUGAGGGAUCUCCAGUGGAAGAUAUAUCGAGGCCUGUUGAAACGGAAACCCAAAACAAGGGGAACGUGGAGAGAAGCAACAUGUCUUAGAACUGAAGCCAUAUCAAUUCCCAACUCUGGGGAAUACAUCCUCUCCUUGUUACCUAAAGACUGGGUCAUUGAUGACUCUCUCAAGUUUAAUGAGGAAAUGAGAAACCUGCUUUUACAAAAUGGCUAGUUUGUAAACAGAGAGCCGUGCAUGAUAUUCCAGAGAAAAUCCACCUGAAGUGCAUUAAACAGCUAGCGGCGUUGGGUAUGUAGUGACGCACUAAUAAGCAAUUUGCUUGUGUUAAGUAUCUGUCCAUUUUGGCAUCUGUUCUGGACUAGGUUGACUCUGUGGAAAGGAGGACAGAGCUCCUGUAUCUUUAUCAGUUGUCUAGAAAA